AUGACUCCUCAGACAACCCUAGCCGGCCUCCCACCUACCGACUCGCUGGACAAGGACCAAUUCUCCUGGGAAGACGUGCCCAACGCCGUUGCCGACAAAACUAGCCAAAAUCUACGUCUUGCCAGACCUGACGACUACCCAUCUCAAGUCACACUGCCCGGUGGUGCGCAACCAGACGCUUCCACACACCCUCGAUUGAGCGAUCCCACCGCCGAGGGAUCAACUACUUCCGAACACGGUUUGGCCCCCCAGCAAUCCCCAUCCCCCGCGCCUCACAAAGAUGCUACAGCAAAUCAGACAUCCGGGGAGCCUCAAUCCCUCCCGCUUCCUACGGCUGAGCAUGGCCCCACUCCUGCUGCUAGUGCGUCCAACUGA